UUGUGGGAAACAGAGUGCAGCUGGCAGCAGUCAGAGGGUGGGGAAGGGAGGAGAGAAGAUGGGGCAAUUGUUCAACCUGGUGGAGGACAGUAUAAAAGGCACCCACUCUGGGGAAGAGCCACAGUCUUCGGCCCAGGCCAAGCCCGGCUCCUGUCCACACCUGCUCCUUCUUUUGCUCUCACCAUGAGCUGCCGCCUGCAGAGCUCUUCCGCCAGCUAUGGAGGUGGUUUUGGGGGUGGCUCUUGCCAGCUAGGAGGAGGCCGCAGUGUCUCUGCCUGCUCAACCCGCUUUGUCUCUGGGGGGUCAGCUGGGGGCUAUGGGGGUGGCAUGAGCUGCGGCUUUGGUGGAGGGGCUGGUAGUGGUUUUGGAGGUGGCUUUGGAGGUGGCCUUGGAGGUGGUCUUGGAGGUGGCCUUGGCGGUGGCUUUGGUGGGGGUUUUGGCGGUGGCUUUGGUGACUACGGUGGUGGUGAUGGAGGCCUCCUCUCUGGCAACGAGAAGAUCACUAUGCAGAACCUCAACGACCGGCUGGCCUCCUACCUGGAGAAGGUGCGGGCCCUGGAGGAGGCCAACACGGAGCUGGAGGUGAAGAUCCGGGACUGGCACCAGAAGCAGAGCCCCAGCAGCCCGGAGCGGGACUAUAGCCCUUACUUCAAGACCAUUGAGGAGCUCCGCGACAAGAUCCUGGCGGCCACCAUCGACAACAACCGGGUCAUCCUGGAGAUCGACAACGCCCGGCUGGCGGCGGACGACUUCAGGCUCAAGUACGAGAAUGAGCUGGCCCUGCGCCAGAGCGUAGAGGCCGACACCAACGGCCUGCGGCGGGUGCUGGACGAGCUGACCCUGUCCAAGGCCGACCUGGAGAUGCAGAUCGAGAGCCUGAACGAGGAGCUGGCCUACCUGAAGAAGAACCACGAGGAGGAGAUGAAGGAGUUCAGCAGUCAGGUGGUAGGUCAGGUCAACGUGGAGAUGGACGCCACCCCGGGCAUUGACCUGACCCGCGUGCUGGCCGAGAUGAGGGAGCAGUACGAGGCCAUGGCGGAGAAGAACCGGCGGGAUGCCGAGGAAUGGUUCCACAGCAAGAGCGCAGAGCUGACCAAGGAGGUGUCCUCUAGCACUGCCAUGAUCCAGACCAGCAAGACAGAGAUCACGGAGCUGAGGAGCACGCUCCAGGGCCUGGAGAUCGAGCUGCAGUCCCAGCUCAGCAUGAAAGCCGGGCUGGAGGGCUCACUGGCCGAGACGGAGUGCCGCUACGCCACGCAGCUGCAGCAGAUUCAGGGGCUCAUCAGCAGCCUGGAGGCCCAGCUGAGCGAGCUCCGCAGUGAGAUGGAGUGCCAGAACCAGGAGUACAAGACGCUGCUGGACAUCAAGUCUCGGCUGGAGCAGGAGAUCGCCACCUACCGCAGCCUGCUGGAGGGCCAGGACGCCAGGAUGGCUGGCCUGACCUCCUCGGGAGCGAACACCAGCGUCACAGUCACCACCACCAGCAGCUCCUCUUCCGGUCGCCGCAUUUCAGACACCCAUAGGCUUUAAAUCCACUCGGCAUCCUCUCCCUCUGUCUUCAGCAUCCAGAGGAGAGAGCUGAUGGGUCCCUGCUGGAGAAAGGGGGAGACCGCAAGAUGCACCCUGGCCCCGCACUUUCCUGAGGGCAGGCGCUCCCUGCUUCUCUCCCCGUGUGCUUCCUCUUCUCCCUUACCUGGUUCCUCAGGCUUCUCAGCUUCUCUACUCAAAACAAAAGAUAA